AUGGUGCAAAAGACUCGCAAAGACCACGAAGCCGAAGUGCGGUCUUGGGGCUUCUCUCAUGUCUUCACCUGGACAGAUGGUCCCGAUGCCCACUACCGUCCGCAUAGCCAUGCCGGCCUCACUACACACCUGAUUCUCAAUGGCCAGCUGACCAUCAUGUACCCGAAGGAUGCCGAUCCCGAGAAGCAGACCUACUCUGUCGGCGACCGCAUCGAUGUCGAUGCUGGCCGCGUCCAUGAGGUGUGGAUGGGGAAGGAGGGAUGUACCUAUGUGAUAGGAGAGUGA